UCAUUGUCGACCAUAACUGGAGUACAGUAUAAAUGGUAAAAGAACCAUGUCAAACAUUACAGUAGACUCGGUAGUUAUCUCGGCAUCUGACGAUAUGGACAGCACUGUACAAGCUAUGCAACGACUGGACGUUCAACAGUCCUCCUUACCCAACUCUUACUUUUCAUUUUUAUUAAGUGAAAGUAAAGCUAAAACGUUUUUCAGAGGACUUAGUCUUGCAUCGUGUCAGCCCAAUGUUACAUCUGCAGACUUCGAAACAGAACUGUCAGAGAUGAGUGAAAAUGAAGUUGGAAAUGCAAAUAACGAAAUAAAGGAACAUAAAGUAUCAGAUAAAAUGUUAUGUUCAACUUGUAAUAUCCAGUUUCAUUCACGAUCAGAACAGAAAGAACAUUAUAAACUGGACUGGCAUCGGUUCAAUUUAAAGCAGAAAGCCAUUGGACUAGAAGCAAUCUCAGAAGAAGAAUUUGAAAAAGUAGCCGCAGGAGGUAUAUCAAGCAUCUCGGGGAGUGAUAGCAGUGAUGAAACGGAUGACGACCUUUCACCUACCUCCAAACCACAUGCAGCACAUACAUGGUUGCCAUCUCGUGCCAAAUCUUCACUGGUCGGCAGUGGUACUUCAGAAAGUGAAACCGAUGAUGACGCCAAGCCGAGGCGAGCGGGACGAAGAUAUCCUAAAGUUUACUUCAAAAAUGAAGAUGGUCAGAUCAUUUCAGUUUAUAGGUGCCUUCUACAUGGAAAGAAGGAUAUCCCAGUAAGCCACUAUGAGUUUGUCUAUAGAGCUAAUAAUCUGGUACACCAACAACAAUGGUGUAUAUUGAUGGUGGCUGGCGGCCAUUUUGCUGGGGCAUUGUUCAAUGGGGAUAGUGUAGUGAUGCACAAGACAUUCCAUCGCUACACAGUCAGAGCCAAACGUGGUACAUCACAAGGUGCAAGAGAUUCACAGUCUGGAGCCUUUGCAAGAUCAGCUGGUGCUAGUCUCCGUCGAUACAAUGAAGCGGCAUUAUCACAGGAUAUUCAUGAUCUUCUUGACAGCUGGAGCGAACAUCUUGCAAAGUGCGACCACAUAUUCCUCCGUGCCCCUAGCUUCAAUAAAAGCAUAUUUUUUGGUGGGAAAAAAGCUCCAUUUGACAAGAAAGAUUGCCGAAUUGUUACCAUCCCGUUCUCUACAAGACGUCCGACUUUUGCUGAAUUGAAACGAGUACAUUCUUUGCUGUCUGUCGUUGAAUGUUACGGUCAAGAGGAGGAUGUUGCAGAUAUGUUGCCAUGGUCACCAAAACCAAAAGUAAAGCCAUAUAGGUUAUCCAAGCAGAAAGAUGGAAGCAGUCAAAAGAAAGUAAUGAUGCCACCAGAUGUUACAGAUGACACAAAAGUAUCCAGCUCAGAACCGGUGCAAAAAACUGGAAAAGAAAAAGUAGAUGAUGAAGAUGUGACUGAUGCUAAAGAAAUUGAUGAUGACAGUCAAAAAAUUGCAAAGAGCUCAGAUGCUGAUGUAUUAAUUGACGAGGAAGAAAGUCUAGCCCUUGAUAUUGUACAACAGGUAGAAAGCACACUGCAUCUGAAAGAGUUUGAUGUCCCUAGAAGGAAAAGACAGAAGAAAAAGAAAAAGCCAAUCAACCAGCAACAGGACCCAGAUGAGACUGAUAAAGAAAAAACAAGGAGAGGUUCUAAAGUAAUGGAACUGAGGAAUGAACUUUAUACAGCAUGUAAAAUAGGAGAUGAAUCAAUGCUGCUCUCAUUGCUUGAGAACAUGCAUGCGUCGUCGAUUGCGACAGCGUCCCAAGAGAAACAUGUUGGAGAACUUGACAAAGCUACUCAAAAUAUUGAUGACGUCUCAUACACGUCAUUUACAGUUGAGAAUGUUUCCCAGAGCGAUACAGAAAUAAUUGGAGGCAAAUCCAGCACAAAUGAAACUACGAACUCAGAAUCUGUGAUGAGUAAAUUGGAGAUAUUAAAUGAUACAUAUGCUGAUGAUGGCAGGACGUUGUUGCAUAUAUCGGCAAAAGCUGGACAGAGAGCAAUUAUAAGGCUGUUACUGGAAGCAGGAGCUGACCCAGCAAUUAAAGACAAAAAUAAUAGAUCCAGUUAUGCAUCAUGUAUCGAUAAAGCAACAAGAAAUGAAUUCAGGAAGUUCAUGGCUGAUUAUCCUAACAAAUACAACUAUUCAGUGGCACAGAUUCCUGCUCCGUUGACUUCAGAAAUGGAAGAAGAAAAAUCUGUCAAGUUAGCAGAAAAAAGGAAGGAAAGAAAAAAAGCCAAGCGAGAAAAACUAAAGGAACAGAAAGCUGAGGAACAAAGGAGAGAAGAGGAGGAAAAGGAACGCCAAUGGUUUGUAUCAUUGAGCGAUAGAGAGAAGAGAGCACUUGCAGCUGAACGCCGACUGGCACACCAAAGAGAAGCGAGUACAGGUAGUAGGCGUUGUUGGAUGUGCGGUGAAAGUCUAACUGAUAAAGUACCAUUUGAGUAUAUGGAUUUCAAGUUCUGCACGAUGAGAUGCUUAAAACAACAUAAACAACCAAGGAGCUGAUAUUUAUAAAAUACCUAUAGAAUGUUGUUAUAGAAAGAUAUAUGUAUAUUGUAAACUUAUUGAGUAAUAAAAUUAAUCGAUAUUAUUUAA